AGUGGGGUGGGAAAUGUCAGGCCGUCCCCGCCCCGCGCCGGGCGGGCUGAGGUGGGGUCGGUGCCCCGGCGGGCGCGGCGUAGGGGGAGGCGAUGGCGCCGGCGGCGUCGAAGCUGCGGGCCGAGGCCGGGCUCCAGGCGCUCCCGCGGCGGGCGCUCGCCCAGUACCUGCGCCUCCUGCAGCUCUACCCGGUGCUCACCAAGGCGGCCACCAGUGCCAUGUUGUCAGCACUUGGGAACUUCCUGGCCCAGAUAUUUGAGCAGCAGCAGAAAAAAGAAAACUGCUCUCAAAAGCUAGAUGUCAUUGGGCCUCUCAGAUAUGCCAUUUAUGGGUUCUUCUUCACAGGGCCACUGAGUCACCACUUCUACCUCUUCCUGGAGCACUGGAUCCCUCCCGAGGUCCCCUUGGCCGGGGUCAAGAGGCUCCUCCUGGACCGCCUCCUCUUUGCACCGGCCUUCCUGUUGGUGUUCUUCCUCGUCAUGAACUUCCUGGAGGGGAGGGACGCGGCGGCCUUCGCUGCCAAGAUGAGAAGAGGAUUCUGGCCGGCGCUGCAGAUGAACUGGCGAGUCUGGACCCCGGUGCAGUUUAUUAACAUCAACUACGUCCCUUUGCAGUUCCGGGUGCUUUUCGCCAAUCUGGUGGCUCUCUUCUGGUACACCUACCUGGCCUCUCUGAGGAAGUGAAGAUGGCCUGGAGAGAACGUGAGACGCACUGCCGACAUGGGUCUGGGGGAAAUGCUCACCUGCCAAGAACGGGAGCGGAAACAACCCAGUCAGGACUUUAUUUGACUCUAGAUCAUGUGAUUCAAGAUGCUCUAAAAUGAUGGAGAAACAGAAACCUGUUAAUGUCAGAAUCUUGUGUUUUGAAAAGGCAAUAGCUCUCUUCAGGUAGUGCUGCCCCAGAAACAUAAAAUACGGUAGAGAUGAUUUCACUUGUCACCUUGGGUUGAAUUAGGAUCACAAUAAAUUUUAAAGCAGC